CUGUAGUUUAUUUAUGUAGUUACCAUAGAUUAAACUAGUAUUCUCUUUCAUUCAAUUCAAUGUAAAAUGUGUUUUGAUGUUGUUUUUUUCAGUUCUAUUGUUUUGUACUUGUUUUAUAAAGUGUGAUGAGUUGAAGUGUGCCGAAUUUAAAAAAUCUUAAAUAAGAUUUUGCAGAAUUUCAUUUACAAUUUAAACAAACACAGCAAAAAUGACUACAAUCUUGAAUUAUGGAGGAAAUGUUAACUCAUCAUGCAGAGAAUAAGCGUUACACACUGAUUCAGUGCAAGGUGAUGCAUUGGCCACGAAAACUAAACUGAAUCACAUCUUCCCAUCAGUGUCCUCUUAGUGUGACAAAUGUUCCUCUGCUGAAAGGUUGCUAACCUAUCUUUUUGGUUUUGUGCAGUUUUAGACUGCAAUUUUGGAAUGGCUCUCAAAAAAACAUCUCUCCAGACACUGAGCCCAAUCACAACCUGGCAAUCUGAAAACGCUCUGCAGGGACUUUUAAACUUUCAUCCAUUGUGAAGAUUGCUCUGCACCGAGGAAUAGUGGCUGCUAAAAAAUUCUUCUUCUGACCUGGAAAUGCACCUCUACUCCCAGUUUUGCACGCUGAUUCAAGAUGUUAUCUGUUAUACAAAUGGAAGGACUGCAUCAGAACAAACACUAAACAGAGAGACACACACAAAGUAAAUUUGAGAGAAUAGUGGUGCUUUUCCUGAGACACCGUAGCAUCAACCCCCAAAAAACAAGAUUUGUAACACAAUAGUAAUGUAAAUGUAAGUUUUACCUGCAGUCCUCCUUUAUUUUGUCUCUAGGUUUGGGUCUUCAGUUUUAGUCUAUAUAUUUUUCAUAUAGCAUGCCAUUGUAAAUGUAAAAGUGUAAAUAAAAUAAAAUAUACAUCACAUAUUUUUAUAAUUAAUUUCAAUUCCGAUUCUGCUGUUGUUAAAGAGUAAUUUUCCUCAUCAUCAAAAUCUAUAUAAUCUUUAAGAAUUUUCCCUUUGCGCGCUCCCGCGAACGUCACGUGGUUUGACAGGAGGCGGUAGCUCAUGUGGCUGUUUCGUCCACGUGGUCGAGUCGACCAAUAGGAAGUCUUGCAGCAGAAGCGCGCAACUUGAAACAGGAAGUACACAUUUCGUUUUCACGUCGUCGUGUUAGAAAAGCUUCAAAAAUCCCAAAACUUGUUAGUUGUUUGGUUACUAAGGAGCACAACUCAGUGGAAAAUGUCCGCUGGCCCCGAAACAACAAAUGUAUCGUCGCUUGGGAAGGGAGACGGUUUGCAUCAACAGGUUCUCGCCUCCUUCCCGCUGUGUGACAUGACAGAAGAAGAUCUGACCCAGAACCCUCAGUUCUGUAAACUCCUGGCCACCCUGGCACAACAUGUGGACAAAACCGGACUCACUGUCCAACUGAAAACUGAGCUGGACAAGGCUGAACAGAAGCUGCAGAGCCAGAGGAGUCACUGGCUGCGCUCUGAGAUUCUCCACAGAGGGCUGCAGGAGAUGAUCCAGGACCACUGUGUCAAGAAGCGUCACGCUAUUGUACCCCCUGACCAGAGCAUGUUCUAUGAGACGAUGCAGAAGUGUCUGCUGGUGGCUCAGUGUGUCAGACAGCUGGAUCCCAGUGACACCACAAACCAGGACCAGCCGUCUGUACUGGGUUUGACUCCCCAACACUUGACGGAGCUCAUUCCAUCAGAGAAGAAUGUGCAGAGAAUGAGAAGGAGUCUACCCCAGCAACUGGAGAAACAUCUCAAGGAAAAGUGUCUGAGCCUCCUCUCGUACUAUCAGCCUGAAUGGGAGAAUGAGAGUGAGGGUCUGAAGACCAUCAAGUUGUCUCAUCUGUCUGCCCUGCUGGACAAAGAGAAGAAAAGAGCAGAAAGUCUGAAGGAGACUUGUCGGGAAAACACAGUUCUUUUGCAAAGACAGACCCAGCUCUACCUCUCUGAGCUGACAAAAUGCAUUCAGCUUCUCCAGUCUCUCAUCUUGGACCACAGGCUAAAGAUCCAGACAGAUUUGGACGGGAAGAAAUUAGAUUACUUUGAAGGCAAAUGUGAAUUAGUCUUACAGAAGAUAAAGACUGAGAUGGUGGAAAUUCAGCUGGACACGUACACUGUCGACUCAAUAUCUGCUCAUAGAAAAAUAAGGGAGAAGCUGGAGUGGGAGCUGAAGGCCUGUAAAGCAGAGAAGCAGUCUGUUGAGUUAAAACUGUCCUCCUUUGAGAUCUUGGGCAAAGAGUUUGAGUCUCUGGCUGAGGAGUACUGCAGAUUACGGCAGGAGAUAGAAAUGAAAAACUGGGCUCUGAAGGAAUUCACCAAGUACAAUGAGAAGUAAAGAUUCUAUCUGAGACUGAGGCCACAGCCGGCAUUUUUUCCUUUUCAGUGUGUAAUUUGUCAAAAUGGCAUGCUGGCAUUUGAAUGUUGGACACAAUAAACUACAGUAACUGGUGAGUAGAAGAACUGAAGGCUCCCAUUAGAGAUCCUGACUUAAGACGUUUAAUUCAUUUUUCCCUAAAAUAGUUGAACCUCCUAAGUCCAUUUUAAUGAGUAUUUCUGUUGUCUUUGUGUCUACUCUGAGUUCAAAGCUUGUUUAGUAUUUGUCUUUAACAAGAUGCAUUUUUACAUUCAUCUUCUAUUCCCAUAAGGAAGUGAGAAUUACUAUAUUUAUACUAACACUGCAAAAUGCUUCUGUCUUAAAAUGUUCUUCCUAUUUAAUCCUUUUCAGUGACUUUAAGCAACUUUUCUUAAAAUAAAAGGUGUAUUUUCAGCAA